UCACAUGACUUAGGUCACAUGACACCGCCCUGCUCAAGCUACUAAGCUACAGCUAAGAAAAUGGCAGCAUUCUUACAAUGGAGAAAAUUUGUCUUCUUUGAUAAAGAUACGGUGAAGGAUCCUGUGGAUAAUGGGAAAAACUUUGCUCUUCCAAGCGGAAUAUCGGCUUGUGACUCCGGCCGGGGUCAUAUUGUUCUUGGAGAUAUGGAAGGCAAGAUCUGGCUUAUGACACGAUCCCUGCAGUUGACAUUUUUUCAGGCCUACAAGCUGCGGGUAACACACCUUUACCAGCUGAAGCAGCACAGCAUCCUUGUAUCAGUGGGGCAGGAUGAACAAGGAAUAAACCCUCUAGUGAAGGUCUGGAACCUAGACAAGAGAGACAGUGGAAAUCCUCUCUGCACAAGGAUUUUUCCUGCAAUCCCUGGCAACAAACCGACUGAAGUGUCUUGCAUCAGUGUACAUGAGAACCUUAACUUCAUGGCCAUUGGCUUCACAGAUGGCAGUGUGGUUUUGACCAAAGGUGACAUCACCAGAGAUCGUCAUAGUAAAACCCUGACUCUGCACGAGGGAAGCAGCCCGGUCACAGGCCUCGCCUUCCGCCAGGUGGCAAAGGUCACACAUCUGUUUGUUGCCACGCUGGAGAAGGUCCAUUGCUACACCCUGUCCGUCAAAGAGUAUCCUAAAGUAGAGCUGGACACUCACGGCUGUGCGCUGCGCUGCUCCUCCCUGGCAGAUCCCUCCCAGGAUUCCCAGUUCAUUGUGGCUGGUGAUGAAUGUGUGUACCUGUACCAGCCUGAUGAACGAGGGCCCUGCUUCGCCUUCGAAGGACACAAGUUGUUGGCUCACUGGCACCGUGGAUAUCUGUUUUUACUCAUCAGGGAUGCAAAAUCACCCAACAAGGCAUCGUAUGGUAGCAGGGAGAGCUCUCCAUCAGACAAACAGCUUCUGACCAUCUAUGACCUGGAUAACAAGUUCAUCGCCUACAGUGCCUCUUUUGAUGACGUCGUUGAUGUAGUGGCAGAGUGGGGCUCCUUCUACAUCCUGACCAGAGAUGGGAAAUUGUUUGUUCUUCAGGAGAAAGACACACAGACCAAACUGGAGAUGCUGUUUAAAAAGAACCUGUUUGUGAUGGCCAUAAACCUGGCUAAGAGCCAGCACCUGGACAGUGACGGGCUGUCUGAGAUCUUCAGGCAGUACGGCGAUCAUCUCUACCUUAAAGGAGACCAUGACGGUGCCAUCCAGCAGUACAUUCGCACUAUUGGAAAGCUGGAGCCAUCAUACGUUAUCAGGAAAUUCCUGGAUGCACAGAGGAUCCACAACCUGACAGCAUAUCUGCAAGCCCUGCACAGGCAGUCACUGGCUAACGCAGACCACACCACACUGCUGCUGAACUGUUACACCAAGCUGAAGGACAGCUCCAAGCUGGAAGAGUUCAUUAAGAGUAGUGAAAGUGAGGUCCACUUUGAUGUUGAGAUUGCCAUCAAGGUUCUCCGGCAGGCUGGCUACCACAGCCACGCUGUUUUCUUGGCUGAGAAACACAUGCACCAUGAAUGGUACCUGAAGAUCCAACUGGAAGACCUCAAGAACUACCAGGAAGGGCUACGUUACAUUGGACGUCUACCUUUUGAACAAGCUGAGAGCACCAUGAAGCAUUAUGGCAAAACGCUAAUGCACCAUGUUCCUGAAGGUACCACGCUGCUCCUGAAGGGUUUAUGCACCAACUACCAACCCAGCAGUGACACUGCUGAAAAAGAUAGCCCAGAGAGCAGUCGGGUCAAUAAGGCCAACUCUGAGGAAUUCAUCCCAAUUUUUGCUAACAACCCUCGGGAGCUGAAAGCCUUCCUGGAGCACAUGAUCGAGGUGGAUCCCCGCUCUUCCCAGGGUGUGUAUGACACACUGCUGGAGCUCCGGCUGCAAGACUGGGCACACGAACAGGACCCAGAGAGAAAGAAGGUUCUGCAGGGAGAAGCUUUGUCACUGUUGAGAAGUGACCACACUGUGUUUGAUAAGGCCCUCGUCCUCUGCCAGAUGCACAACUUCAAAGAAGGUGUCCUCUACCUUUAUGAGAAGGGCAAGCUGUACCAGCAGAUUAUGCACUACCACAUGCAGAAUGAGGAGUAUGGAAAAGUGGUAGAGGCCUGCAAGCGCUAUGGGGACCAAGAGGGUUGCCUCUGGGAGCAGGCACUGGGAUACUUUGCCAGAAAAGAAGAGGACUGCAAGGCCUACAUCAGUGAGGUCCUACAUCACAUUGACCAAAACAACCUGAUGCCUCCAUUACUUGUGGUGCAGACACUGGCACACAACUCGACGGCCACUCUGUCGGUCAUCAAGGACUACCUCAUCAACAAGCUGCAGAGGGAAAGCCAGCAGAUAGAGGAUGAUGAACGCAAAAUCUGCCAGUACCGCGAGGAAACAGCUCACCUCCGCUCUGAGAUCCAGGAGCUGAAAACAAGUGCCAAGAUAUUCCAGAAGACCAAGUGUAAUAUGUGCAACAGUCCACUGGAGCUGCCAUCUGUUCAUUUCCUGUGCAGCCACUCCUUCCACCAACACUGCUUCGAAAGCUAUGCAGAGAGUGAGGCUGAGUGCCCAACAUGCACUCCAGAGAACCGCAAAGUUAUGGACAUGCUGCGUGCCCAGGACCAGAAACGCGACCUGCACGACCACUUCAACAGACAGUUACGCAGCUCUAACGAUGGAUUCUCAGUUGUGGCUGACUAUUUUGGUCGAGGAGUGUUUAACAAACUGACUCUGGUCACUGACCUGCCUGGCAACAAAACUGUUGGGAGUCUAGAAGUCAACCUGCAGAGAGAUCUUCUCAUCCACACCAAGAGAAACUGCUAGAAACCUCAAGCUUGCGGUUAUGGUUUAACUCUUAUCCUGAGCAGGCACUUUGUGUCUGGCUCUGACCACACGUUUUGCUGUAUGGGGUGCCACUUUAUUUUGCAGCGAAUGCAUUUGCCUGCUUUUAGUACCUGUGGUGGACGUAUCAGCACAACUGUGUUCCUAGUCUGAGUCAAGAAUCAUUGGCGAUUGUAUAAAUGUAGCUUAAAACAUGUAAUGCUCGGUCUUAAAAUGUGGCUGAAUCACACCUUGAAGAAAUCUGCUCUGGUGUGUUUGCUUGUACUUAUGUAAUCUUACACAUAACACUCAAAAACAGUUCAACUGUCAGCCAUUAAUAAAGUUAUUUGAGGUCACUCUAACUUGAGAAUUGAAACUGUGAAUAAAGUCAUUAUUGAGUGGA